GCUGCCUCCAGUUCCUUCUUCGGGCGGCGACAUUCUGUCUCCAGGGUCCCUUUCCGUCCAGUAUCUCCUCCCAUGUCCAGGAGUCCUGAACCCUCUGCUCCUCCAUACCACGCUGCUUGGUCCGUUUGUGGUGGGUAGUUCUGUAACGGUUGUCGUCGUCUGAUGAGGAAGAAUCGGACCAAAGCGCAGAGUGUGCUGAAUACACACAUCAACUCUGGACACUGUGAAGAUGAUGAUGGAGUGGCGAAGGCUGUUCUGACCAUACACCCCAACAGCUCCCAGAUAUUCCGUGGAGAGUCUGUCACUCUCAGAUGUGUCAUACAGGGGGGAGGAGUCACUGACAGGGAGUACAGAUGGUUAACACCCAGUUCGGAUCAAUGUCCACAGAAAGAACAUGAAUGUAUUAUCAGUUCAGCUGAGUUUUCCCACAGUGGUGACUACAGUUGUCUGGGAUCACAUCAGCAACAGGAUUCUAAAUGGAGUGAUGCAGUCAGACUGACAGUGACAUCUCUGCCCAAAGCUACACUGACUGUAGAGCCAAACCCUGUGUUCCCUGGAGAAACAGUUACUCUGACGUGUUCAGUAGGGUCUGACAGUAUCUGGAACUAUCAGUGGUACAAAUACAUGAAUUAUAAUGUAGCAUCCCAGUCUGUCAGACACACUAUAACAGGAGACACUCUCACCAUCAAUGGAUCAACAGUGAAUGAGGGUCCCUACUGGUGUCAGGGAGAGAGAGACUCCAGACCCACUUCUUCAUCCGUCAGUGACCCUGUCACUAUCACUGUCAACGCUCUGCCCACGGCCUCAGUGAAGAUAGUCACUCCACAGGGUCUCCUCUACCCUGGAGAGACAGUCACUCUGCGGUGUGACAUAUCAGACAACACAGACUGGACAUACAGCUGGUUCAGAAACAAUGAAGAGCUUCUCAUUAAGACCAGGAAAAACACCCUCUCUCUCCCUGACCAGGCUGGUCAGUACAGUUGUGUUGGGAGGAGGAGAGGUCGGCCCCAGAUGUCAAAUCACAGCUUUUCUCCCCAUCAUCGUCACUGCUCUGCCCACGGCCUCAGUGAAGAUAGUCACUCCACAGGGUCUCCUCUACCCUGAGAGACAGUCACUCUGCGGUGUGACAUAUCAGACAACACAGACUGGACAUACAGCUGGUUCAGAAACAAUGAAGAGUUUCUCAUUAAGACCAGGAAAAACACCCUCU